AUGGUGUCGGCGGAACCAAGAUUUUAUCGAUUGCUCCUACGUUGGCAUUGUCACCGACACCCAGACCGUUACCCCUCUCCAGCUGGCAUGGAAGGUGUCAGUGAUAAACCGCAGAGAAACAUAACAUUUGCAUGCUUGAAGUUGGUUGCUUUAAUUGCCCUAUGCUUCGUUCUAAUCUCUCCAGCAGAAUCAUUUGAUCCAUUGGAUCCAACUGGGAACGUGACCAUAAGAUGGGAUAUUAUGUCUUGGACAUCAGAUGGAUAUUUGGCCACUGUGACAUUGUUUAAUUUCCAACUGUACCGCAAUAUUAUGAAUCCUGGGUGGACUCUAGGAUGGACAUGGGCAAAGAAGGAAAUAAUAUGGGCCAUGAUGGGGGCUCAAGCCACAGAGCAAGGAGACUGUGCCAAGUUCAAGUUGAAGAUUCCUCAUAGCUGCAAGAGGAAUCCUCAAGUGGUUGAUUUGCUACCUGGAGCUCCUUUCAACAUGCAGUUCACCAACUGUUGCAGGGGUGGUGUGCUUACAUCAUGGGGACAGAACCCUUCGGGUGCAGUCUCAUCAUUUCAGAUAGGAGUUGGGCUCUCUGGCACCUCCAACAAGACAGUCAAAUUGCCUAAGAACUUCAAAUUGCUGGGACCAGGACCAGGAUAUUCAUGUGGCCCUGCUAAGAUUGUUCCAUCCACUGCAAUCCUCACAGAUGAUCAUAGGCGAAAAAUGCAGGCAUUGAUGUCCUGGAAUGUGACAUGCACUUAUUCACAGUUUCUUGCCUCCAAGAAUCCUAGCUGCUGCGUUUCUUUAUCAUCUUUCUACAGUGACAAAAUCACAGGUUGCCCACCUUGUGCUUGUGGUUGCCAGAACAACGAUACCUGUGUCACGAGAGAUUCAAAGAUCCUGCAAGAGAAUGUCACCUCACCUCACCGAAAAUCAGACAUCACACCAAAACCAUUGUUACAAUGCACACACCACCUGUGUCAUGUCCGGGUGCACUGGCAUUUGAAAGACAACUAUCAGGACUAUUGGCGUGUCAAGAUUGCCAUUAUCAACUUCAACUAUGGAUUGAAUUUCACCGAUUGGUCUCUUGUGGUGCAGCACCCGAAUCUCAAUAAUGUAACCCAAGUCUAUAGCUUUGAAUACAUGCCACUUCUUCCCUUUGAAUCCAUAAAUGACACUGGCAUGUUCUAUGGUUUGAAAUAUUACAAUGAUCUGUUGAUGGAAGCUGGGCCUAAAGGGAAUGUCCAGUCCGAGGUGCUCAUGAAGAAGGAUAAGAACACAUUUACUCUCAAGCAGGGAUGGGCAUUUCCAAGGAGGGUCUACUUUAAUGGUGAUGAAUGCAUGCUGCCACCUCCUGAUUCAUAUCCUAUGUUGCCAAACUCUGCCCCCAAUAAACGACCAACAAAUAUUGUAUUGACGGCAACCUAUGUGUUUUUUACAUUAUUUCUGCAUUUGGUUGUAACAUUUUUUUGA